AACGCAGCAGCGCCCGAAGAAGCCCCCGCGCAGACGCUCGGCGCGACGAAGAAGGGCAAGAGCAGAGCGAAGCCCGCCGCGCCCCUGACCCCGACCCCGUCCGCACCCGCACCCGCCGCACCCGCCGCGCCUGCAGACGAAGAAGAAGAAGAAGCCCCGGCGCAGGCGCCAGAGACGCAGAAGAAGAAGAAGGGCAAGAGCAAGGCCAACCCCGGGCCCCCGACUGCCACCUCGUCAGCACCCGCACGCGCCACGGACGCCUCCGCGGACGACGCCACCGGGGGCGCCGCCGCCGCCGUGCCGCCCCGCACGAGGCAGCAGCAGCAGCGGCAGAAGAAGCAGAAGCAACAGAAGCAACAGAAGCAGCAGCAGCAGCAGCAGCAGGCUGAUGCGGCGGAGUCUGCGCCCGGGGGCGGCGGCAGGCCGGCGCAGAAGGAGAAGAAGGCCAGCGCCGAGCGUACGGAUGACGCGAGGGCGGGUGCGGGUGCGCUGGAGCUGGAGCUGGAGCUGGAGGAGGGGAAGGUGCCGACGCGCGCGAAGAUGACGGAGGUCGUAAAGCGCAAGGCUGUUGCUGCGCCGCUGAAGAAGGAGAGGGUGUUGAGGGCGAGGCGCAGUGCGAAGGAGGGGCUCGUUGGGAGGAAGGGUCUGUAG